UCUGCUGCUUCCUCCCACCCAGGCUGUUCCCCUUGAAGUUCGUCCAGCUCUUUGUCCAUGAUGAAAGCCGGUGUCAGCUCGAGGUCAAGUUGAACACCAGCCGAACCUUCUACUUGCGACUGCGCGCCCCACUCGAGACCCGAGACCGGGAGUUCGGCCAGUGGGUGCGGCUGCUCUACCGCCUGCGCUUCCUCUCCGCCUCUGCCGUGCCCUUCACGCAGGAGCACCAAGUGCUGGAGGAUGAAGAUGAGGAGGACGAUGACGAUGAGGUGGAGGCCCAGAGGGAGUGGAAGGAG